AGAGAAGCCGCAAGAUUUCAAUUCCCAAAAUUUCCCCAAAUAUUCUUUCUUUCCCAGUUCCCACUCUCCUCUCCUUCAAAUCCCCCACCAUUCCGGCCACCAUGAGCUCCGCCAGAGCCAAGAACUUCCGCCGCCGCAUCGACGACGACGAUGAUGACGACGCCGCCGAUACCCCUUCAACCACCUCCACUCUCAAAUCCCUAUCGAAACCCUCCUCCUCCGCCAAGCCCAAGAAGCCUCAGAACCAAGCCCCGAAGCUCCUCAGCUUCGCCGACGACGAAGAAAACGCCACGCCGUCUCGCUCCUCCUCCAAGCGCGACAAGUCGUCUUCUCGCCUCGCCAAGCCCUCCUCAGCUCACAAGCUCACGGCCGCCAAGGACCGUUUGGUAAAUUCCUCCUCCGUCUCUUCUUCUCUUCCCUCCAAUGUCCAGCCCCAAGCCGGAACUUACACCAAGGAAGCCCUCCGUGAGCUUCAGAAGAACACGCGAACCCUAGCCAGCUCUAGACCCUCCUCCGCCGCCGAGCCCACCAUUGUUCUCAAGGGCUUGAUUAAGCCCUCCGCCGCCGAGGCCGUGAACGGAGCCAGAGAGCUGGACUCCGAUGACGACGAAGUGCAAGGGAACAAGGAUAGGGUUGAUGCCGAGUCACGAUUGGCUUCCAUGGGGAUCGACAAGGAUAGGUCGGAGUAUCCUGAUCAGGCCACCAUAGAAGCCAUUCGGAAGAAAAGGGAGCGGCUCCGGAAGUCCAAGCCCGCCGCGCCGGAUUUCAUUUCAUUGGAUUCGGGGAGUAAUCACGGCGCGGCGGAGGGGUUGAGUGAUGAGGAACCGGAGUUUCGGAACCGAAUUGCAAUGUUUGGGGAGAAGAUGGAGGGUAGUAAGAAAGGUGUGUUUGAGGAUGUUGAUGAUAGGGAAGUGGAUGGUGGUGGAUUGAGGAAAGAGAGCGUAGUAGUCGAAGAUGAUGAUGAGGAUGAAGAAGAGAAGAUUUGGGAGGAAGAGCAGUUUAGGAAAGGGUUGGGGAAGAGAGUGGAUGAUGGGUCUAGUAUAGGGGUUAGUGCUAGUGUUCCUAGAGUUCAUAGUGUGCCACAGCCCAAGGCUACUUACUCCGCAAUCGCUGGGUAUAGUUUGGCACAGACUCUGCCUGGUGUGUCGGGUAUAGGAGGGGCAACAGGAGCAUCACAAGGUUCGAAUGCUAUGUCCAUAAAUGAGCAAGCUGAAAUUGCUCAGAAAGCUUUGCAGGAAAAUGUGAAGAAACUUAAGGAAAGUCACGGAAGAACAAAGAUGUCACUAACUAAGGCUGAUGAGAAUUUAUCUGCCUCACUAUUGAACAUUACUGCUCUUGAAAAGUCUCUGUCUGCUGCUGACGUGAAGUACAAGUUCAUGCAAGAGCUUCGCGACUUUGUCUCUACCAUAUGUGACUUUUUGCAGGAUAAGGCUCCCUUGAUAGAGGAGCUUGAAGAGGAAAUGCAGAAGCAACGUGAUGAACGUGCAUCAGCUAUUUUUGAAAGAAGAAUUGCUGAUAACGAUGAUGAAAUGAUGGAAGUAGAAGCAGCUGUAAAUGCAGCAAUGUCUAUUUUCAGUAAAGAAGGUACCGGUGCUGAUAUAAUUGCAGUUGCUAAAAGUGCAGCACAGGCUGCUUCUGCUGCUGUGAGAGAACAAACAAAUUUACCAGUCAAGCUAGAUGAAUUUGGUAGAGAUAUGAACCUUAAGAAACGUAUGGAUAUGAAAGGCAGGGCUGAGGCUCGUCAACGCAGGAGAAAAAAGUAUGAAGCUAAGAGAGAGUCAUCCAUGGAUGUGGACAGUCCUAAUCGGACGGUUGAAGGAGAAUCAAGCACCGAUGAGAGUGACAGUGAGAGUAAAGAGUACGAGUCACACCGCCAGUUGGUGCUUGGGACUGCUGAUCAAGUUUUCAGUGAUGCAGCCGAGGAAUAUUCACAACUUUCAGCUGUCAAAGAAAGGUUUGAAGAAUGGAAGAGAGAGUAUCGAUCCAGCUACCGUGAUGCUUACAUGUCAUUGAGUGUUCCUGUUAUAUUCUCUCCGUACGUAAGGCUGGAGCUCUUGAAGUGGGACCCUCUCCGUGAGAACACAGAUUUUGUACAUAUGAGCUGGCAUUUAUUAUUAGAGAAUUAUGGUUUACCGGAGGAUGGUUCAGAUUUUGCAUCUGAUGAUGCUGAUGCUAACCUUAUCCCUGCAUUGGUGGAAAAGGUUGCAUUACCCAUUUUGCAUCAUCAAAUUGUUCACUGCUGGGAUAUUCUCAGUACAAGAGAAACAAAGAAUGCAGUUGCUGCCACAAGCUUGGUAACAGAUUAUGUCUCUUCCAGUGAGGCUCUUGAAGAUUUAUUAGUUGCUAUUCACACCCGUCUGGCAGAUGCUGUCUCAAAACUUACGGUCCCAACAUGGAGCCCUCUUGUAUUGAAAGCAGUACCAAAUGCUGCAAGAAUUGCAGCAUAUCGAUUUGGCAUGUCUGUUCGUUUGAUGAAAAAUAUCUGCUUGUGGAAAGAAGUACUUGCUUUGCCAGUUCUAGAGAAGCUUGCUAUUAAUGAGCUUUUGUGUGGCAAAGUUCUACCUCACAUUCGAAGCAUUGCUGCCAAUGUUAAUGAUGCAGUUACAAGAACUGAAAGGAUUAUUGCUUCUCUAUCAGGGGUGUGGUCAGGUUCAGAUGUCACAGGAGACCGUAGCCGCAAGUUGCAAUCACUGGUGGAUUAUGUGCUGACGCUGGGAAAGACUAUAGAGAAGAAACAUUCGCUGGGUGUGACACAAAGUGAAACUGGUGGACUGGCUCGUAGAUUGAAGAAGAUGCUGGUUGAGCUCAACGAGUAUGACAAGGCCAGGGACGUAGCUAGGUCCUUCCAUCUUAAAGAGGCAUUGUGAAUUUCGAGAAUCCUGAAGAUGGAUAUCUGGACUAGAACACACGUUAAAGGCCACCGGCCACAGAUUUUCGACAAUCCAUCUGAGCAAAACAAGGUGGAAGUAUUGGACCCUGUAAAUUUCAAGCAGACAAGUCCCUCCUUAUGUCAUACUUGGACAUACACAAUCAAGCACAGUAUCUUUUUUCUCAGAAUAUGGGUCGCUCCAUUUCUGUUAACCAUGGUAAUUGAUUAGAGCAGGAUAUCCCUUAUGGGGGAAUCAAGAUGUGAAAUUUUUGAGAGAAAUGAUAAGAGAAUUCGUUUAGAUAAAUUUCCAAUUGUUGCUUCUGGUUCAGGAAUGCUUCUUGAUUUCUGGGGGAGAGUUUUACUCCUGCCGUAGUGUCCGAAAUGCUACCAAAAUUUCAGUACAUACUAGAUGUUUUAUGGGUUUCUGAUUC